CCGGGUUCUCAGUCUCUCUCCCGGGCCCUCGACCUCCAGCCCCGCGCGAGCGGCAGUCAAGAGGGGUGGCAGGAUGAAUGUGGGCACAGCACACAGCGAGGUGAACCCCAACACAUGGGUGAUGAACAGCCGCGGCAUCUGGCUCUCCUACGUGCUGGCCAUCUGGCUCUCCUACGUGCUGGCCAUCGGACUCCUGCAUGUCGUGCUGCUGAGCAUUCCCUUUGUGAGCGUCCCUGUCGUCUGGACCCUCACCAACCUUAUCCACAACCUGGGCAUGUACGUCUUUCUGCACACCGUGAAAGGGACACCCUUCGAGACUCCAGACCAAGGCAAAGCAAGGUUGCUGACCCACUGGGAGCAGAUGGACCACGAGGUUCAGUUCACAGCCUCUAGGAAGUUCUUAACCAUCACGCCUAUUGUGCUGUACUUCCUCACCAGCUUCUACACCAAGUAUGACCAAGUCCAUUUCAUACUCAACACAGUGUCCUUGAUGACUGUGCUCAUGCCCAAGUUUCCCCAGCUCCACGGAGUCCGGAUCUUUGGAAUCAAUAAGUGCUGAGGUUGUAGCCCCUUCCCCAGCCGGGUUGGCAGGGGAAGGGUGGAAGGCCUUUGCU